UUAUGCAAAAUAUUUUAUUAUAAUAUAGGAGUAUUGUAAAAUUUUAUAUCCAGCUUGUUAAUUUUUUUCACAAUUAGCACUUCAUUUGCAUAAACUGCUCUUUAACAUAAAUUAUUUAGAAGAGUGAUUCUAGGUAGCAGUAACCUCAAUAAUUUUUUUGGACCGAGCUGAUGAGACUCAACCAUACCUGAAACUACGGCGGUAUAACCUGAAACCUUGUAAUUUAAUAUCAACAGAGGCUAUAAUUCUGUUCCAAUUGGUUGGCAAACGGUUCAUAAUUAGGUGGAUGGGCGUUACCAAGAUAAUGGCUAUCAACAGUGAAUUAAUGAUUGCUGAUUAUAAAAAUGGCAGUUUCAACCCAGCUGAGUUGUUUCCGUACCAGCCUCCAAAUUGGGCUAACUGUCUCAAGCAAAAACCAAAGUUUCGAGUUAAGCUAAUUCAACCGAACACUCCUAUUUAUAAAUGGAACGUGCCUAAAGUGCCUGUUGGAUUUCAACUAUCAGUGAAACGAGAUGAUAUGACAGGAGUUACAUUGAGUGGUAAUAAAGCUCGCAAACUUGAGUUCAUAUUCGGUGAGGCAAUUCAUCAGAAAUGCGGAGCGGUGAUUACAACGGGCAACAUGCAAUCAAAUCACUGCAGAUCAACAGCUGUAGCCUCCAAACAACUAGGGCUGGAGUCCCAUCUCCUGAUAAGAUCAAACUCUUGCAUUCCAGAGCAGAUUAAAACGGAGGGUAAUAUGUUCAUAGAUAUGAUGGUUGGUGCAUCUGUAUACUUAGUUCCUCCUAAGCCGUACAUUAACACAACCAGAAUGGAAAAACUAGCUGAAUAUUUACGCAAAUCACGAAACUUGAAAGCUUAUAUAAUCCAAGCAGGGGGAUCAGAUACGACUGGUCUCUAUGGUUACAUAGAGGCCUGGCAAGAGCUUGUUGACCAGGGAGUUCUUGAACAUUUUGAUGAUGUAGCAGUAACCGGAGCUAGUGGUGGAACAGCGGCUGGUAUCGCAAUUGCUAACUACCUCACAGGAUCAAAACUCAAAGUGCAUGUUUACAUGGUUCGGAAUGACAAUGCCUAUUUGCUAAACCAUAUAGCCGAAGCUCUUUCAGAUGUUGGACUUGAUGCCGAGGUGAACCCGGAGGAACUAGUUCAUAUAGAAGAUAGUGUUGGCCUAGGCUAUGCGCAAUCUACGCCAGAAGAACUAGAAUUCAUUACAAGUGUUUCGAUGAAAACGGGAGUUAUUCUAGAUCCAACAUACACCGGCAAAGCAGCAUACGGUCUCGUAAAACAGCUCAACACCGAUCCCCGGGUCUUCAAAGGAAACCGCAUUCUCUUCAUCCAUACAGGUGGAAUAUUUGGGUGCACACAUGAGAAAUUCCAGAAAAACUUGAGUAGAUCGAAGGCUGAUCAAGUGCAAAGUUGGAAAUGCAUGGACGAUGAGCCGCCGCAAAUUCAACUACGUUGACGUUCGGAUUUAGUAUAGCUCAUCUAAACAUUGUUUUUUCGCUAAAGCUUGGUUUCUACAAGAAGCUAAUGCCGACUUCUUUGGCGACGCUGAUUGAUCAGUUAAAUCAGAGCGCGUUCCCUGUUGCGUCGGGAACAACUACGCAGUGCAAGGGAUUGUAGUGAAAAGGCUGUAGGUUAUAAUUCAAAGCCAAAUAAAGUUAUUUGAACAUCUUUGUGUUA